CCCUCCAUUUUCCCUCGUCUCCAUGAAAACCCAUUGGUUCCUCCUUCCCAAACUACGCGCCGUGGCUCCAGCUAUCCUCCACUUCUGUGCACCCUCGGCGCAACUUAGAAAUCUUAGACAUUCACUCAUCUUCUUUGCUUUCUUCUCUUCAAUGGCCUCGCAAUCGCCCCUAACAGGCCAAACCAACUCUGUCCAACCUGGUCGAAUUCGGGUUCUUAAAGAAGGAUCAACCAAGCGUGUGGGUCCUGUUGUUUACUGGAUGUUUAGAGAUCAACGGUUGAGAGACAACUGGGCGUUAAUCCACGCCAUUGAUCAGGCUAACAAGGCCAGUGUGCCUGUGGCGGUUGCUUUUAAUUUGUUCGAUCAGUUUUUGGGAGCCAAAGCGAGGCAGUUAGGGUUCAUGUUAAAGGGUUUGCGUCAACUUCAGGGGAAAAUCGAAGAGACCCUUCAAAUUCCAUUUUUCUUAUUCCAAGGAGAAGCUGAAGAGACGAUUCCAAAUUUUUUAAAAGAGUGUGGGGCUUCACUUUUGGUUACUGAUUUCUCACCUCUAAGAGAAAUCCGUAAAUGUAAAGAUGAAAUUUGUAAAAAAGUGAGUCCUCCAGUGACCAUUCACGAAGUUGAUGCUCACAAUGUAGUGCCUAUUUGGAUAGCAUCAGAAAAGUUGGAGUAUAGUGCUAAAACUCUAAGAGGUAAGAUAAAUAAAAGGCUAACAGAUUACCUCAUUGAUUUUCCUGUUUUACAACCACCUUAUAGAAAGUGGGUUGCUGCUGCAAAUCAGUUGAUUGAUUGGGAUAGUCUCAUUGAUGAAGUUACAAGGAAAGGAGCAGAUGUUCCUGAAAUCGAAUGGUGCAUGCCAGGAGAAGAAGGUGCAAGUGAAGUAUUAAUGGGAAGUAAAGAUGGAUUCUUGACCACAAGAUUGAAGAAUUAUUCUACAGAUAGGAAUAACCCAUUAAAGCCUAAAGGACUCUCUGGUCUCUCUCCUUAUCUUCAUUUUGGGCAGAUAUCUGCACAGAGGUGUGCAUUGGAGGCUUGUAAAGUACGGAAUCAUUCUCCUCAGUCAGUUGACGUGUUUUUGGAGGAGUUGAUUGUGCGAAGAGAACUUGCUGAUAACUUUUGCUUCUACCAGCCUCAUUAUGAUACAUUACAGGGGGCAUGGGAAUGGGCGCGUAAUACCUUGCUGAGCCAUAAAUCUGACAAGCGAGAACAUAUAUACUCGAUGGAGCAAUUGGAGAGGGCACAAACAGCUGAUCCGCUUUGGAAUGCUUCUCAGCUGGAGAUGGUUUACCUUGGGAAGAUGCAUGGUUUUAUGCGUAUGUAUUGGGCAAAAAAGAUUCUUGAGUGGACGAAAGGACCGGAAGAAGCCCUUGCAAUAUCAAUUUAUCUAAAUGAUAAGUAUGAAAUAGAUGGGAGGGAUCCAAAUGGAUAUGUUGGUUGCAUGUGGUCAAUAUGUGGUGUUCAUGACCAGGCACUAGCAUCAUUGAAGUCCUCUUGAUUGCCAUUCAGGGUUGGAAGGAAAGGCAAGUUUUUGGGAAAAUACGUUAUAUGAACUAUGCAGGCUGCAAAAGGAAAUUUGAUGUUGAUGGCUACAUUGCCUAUGUCAAGAAGUUUGUGAGUGAAGUAAAGAAGAAGAGAAAGGCAGAAACUCAGCUUGGGGCCAAAUCAAAAGAGCUCCGCAUUUAAAAUUUCUGUUACACCGUGUAAUCUGUGGAAACAAAAAUGUCGGCUUCUAAGUUACGUGGGUAUGCUGACCCUAACAAAAAGAUGAUGAUUAAUCUAUUGAAGCAUGAUUUUGGAAAUAGGUCUUGUUCGGAGUUUAGCAUCUAAGCGAAGUUUUCUGAAAUGCUAUUGGCUCUGCCGGCUAGAUUUGUUAUUCACAUAUAUUAUUAUUAUUAUUAUUGUUGUCUCUUUAACAUGCAAGUAAGACAAGCAGAUAGGCUCAUAAUAGCAGCAUGAUGGAAUCAAUAAUUUAUUUGUCCAAUCUAUUAUAAUAUAUGAACUUACAAAUG